AGUCCGCGGGGCGACGGUGCGACGGGACUCGGCCGGCCGGCGGGCGGGGGCCCCGGGGCCGUGAGGGGCGCGGUGGGCGCGGGCCGGGCGCCAUGGGCAACCUGUUUGGCCGCAAGAAGCAGAGCCGCGUCACCGAGCAGGACAAGGCCAUCCUGCAACUGAAGCAGCAGCGGGACAAGCUGAAGCAGUACCAGAAGAGGGUCACACAGCAGCUGGAGAGGGAGCGGGAGGUCGCCCGGCAGCUUCUGCGGGACGGCAGGAAGGAGCGGGCCAAGCUGCUGCUCAAGAAGAAGCGGUACCGGGAGCAGCUGCUGGACAAGACGGAGAACCAGAUCACGAGCCUGGAGACCAUGGUCCAGAGUAUCGAGUUCACCCAGAUCGAAAUGAAGGUGCUCGAGGGGCUGCAGUUUGGGAACGAGUGUCUGAACAAGAUGCACCAGGUGAUGUCCAUAGAAGAGGUGGAGCGGAUACUGGACGAGACCCAGGAGGCCGUGGAGUACCAGCGGCAAAUAGAUGAGCUGUUGGCAGGAAGCUUCACUCAAGAGGACGAGGAUGCCAUCCUGGAGGAGCUGAACGCCAUCACUCAGGAACAAAUUGAGCUCCCAGAUGUCCCUUCAGAGCCCCUUCCCGAAAAGAACCCAGAGAAAGUUCCCGUCAAGGCCAGGCCCCAGCAGGCGGAGCUGGUGGCAGCCUCCUAACUCGGCCUCCCCGCCGAGGACUGGCAGGGGCCCCCCAGGGACUGGGGCCGCGGCGUCCGAGUGCGUGACCAGCUCUGACCAGGCCGCCGGUGCCGACAGUGCGGCGUUCACAGGGCUGCCAGCCACGCCGACCAGGGGGCUGUCCCCCAGACGGGACCAGAUGGCCCGUUCAGACCCUCCAGCCCAACACAGCUUCUGAGGCCGUGGCUCCCGCGGGGACAGGGCCAGCCCCUCGCGCCUGGUGCUGGCCACACGUCCUGGCCCUGGCCCCGCGAGGCGCCGCGGGCCGCUCUCUCCUGUCGGAAGCGCAUCGGACUCAGCCCCGCCCGGCCCUCCCGCCCUGCUGCUCCCGCUCGUUGGCAGGUGCUUCGGCCACGGGGCAUCUGCCUUGGCCAGGCGUCCCAACACCCCCGCUGCCGUAUGGAUCCGGGGGCGGAAGCCGCUCCAUGCCUCUGUCUGCGUUUGGAGGACCGAGCCCAGGAGGGGCGUGUCCCUGAUGGACGGAAGACUCCAGGAGCCCCGCCCACCCCUCGUCACUGGCGGGUCCUGCUGGGGCUCCGGGGGGGUGCCAGCAGGACAGGACCGUGUGUGCAUGGGACUCCUGUAGCCGGAGCUUGGAACCUGCAGGGACCCUGGACCUGCCGACCUGCCAGCUCUAAGCUGUCGGCCGCCAAGCACCGGCUGGGGGGUGGAGUCGCAUUCCUGGGGCUCUGGACCUGGUGCCCUGGGCUGUCACUCCCAACAGGAACAGGAGGAGACCUGCCCCGCCCCCCAGACAGGUCACCCCCAUUAAAGUUGGUC